GAAACAGUUAAUAGGAAUAUAGGACCACACCCUUUAUUGUGCUCGCGAUUCGCUGGACAAGCUUACCACGAUUUUGUAGGACGCUUGCACACCAGUCGUUACUUGCAAUUACCUUAUCUCUCCCAACGCUUAUCCAGGACUAUUCAUCGCGCGUGAAAAUGUUACUCCAACAUGGCGUUGGACGCAAUUUGCUAUGCUCUAGCGUUCGCUUACAACGACCUGCCCACAUUAAGGCGGUGUUGCCCUCUGGUCGCCGUGCCCGCGUCGUAGUAGCUACGGCUGCAUUACAACCCGCAUUCCCUUCGGGUCCACUACCUAUCCCCAAAGGGCCGGUCAGCCAUUCCUACCGCGAGGCGGAGAGCUGGCCAACGGCUGAGACGGUGAAGCUAGAAACCCAUAACCUGGACGAACAACCCUAUGUUGACCUGAUUGUCGCUGGCGCCGGGCCCGCGGGCGUGGCGGUGGCUUCGCGCGUUGCCGCUGCUGGAUUCUCUGUCUGUGUUAUCGACCCCGAUCCGCUGGCUCACUGGCCCAACAAUUAUGGCGUCUGGCUAGACGAGUUUCAGGCGAUGGGUCUGGAGGACUGUCUACAUGUCAUUUGGCCAAAAGCCAAAGUAUGGCUGAACAGUGAGGCGGACGGAGAGAAGUUCCUGAACCGCCCCUUCGCCCGCGUGGACCGCCCCAAGCUGAAGCGGGUGCUUCUGGAGCGGUGUGCGGCGGCGGGUGUUACGUUCCUGCCCGGCAGUGUGAGCGGCUGCUCGCACGGCGGGGGGGCCAGCCAGGUGGAGCUGGCGGACGGACGCAAGAUCCGCGGCUCGCUGGUGCUCGACGCCACGGGCCACUCGCGGCGGCUGGUGCAGUACGACAAGAAGUUCGAUCCGGGGUACCAGGGGGCGUACGGCAUCGUGGCCGAGGUGGAGUCGCACCCCUUCCCGCUGGACACCAUGUUGUUCAUGGACUGGCGGGACGACCACACGGCGGGGGCGGGGCGGGAGGCCAUGCGGGCUGCCAACCGCGCACUGCCCACCUUCCUGUACGCCAUGCCCUUCACGGAAAACAAGGUGUUCCUAGAGGAGACCAGCCUGGUGUCCCGGCCCGCAGCGGGGUUCAGCGAGCUGAAGGAGCGGCUCACCGCGCGGCUGGAGUGGCUGGGGAUAAAGGUUACCCGCAUCGAGGAGGAGGAGUACUGCCUCAUCCCCAUGGGCGGUGUGCUGCCCACUCACCCGCAGAGGGUGCUGGCCAUCGGGGGGGCAGCGGGCAUGGUGCACCCCUCCACCGGCUUCAUGAUGGCUCGCAUGCUGGGGGCGGCUCCCACCGUGGCGGACGCCAUCAUCGACCAGCUCUCAACACCCGGGGACAAGGCGGCGGAUGCGGGCGCCCCCCUGCGCCCCCCCUCCGAGUCCGCAGCCGCCCGCAUGGCCACCGCUGUGUGGGCCGCCACCUGGCCGCUGCCGCGCAUCCGGCAGCGCGCCUUCUUCAACUUCGGAAUGGACAUCCUGCUGUCUCUGGACCUGGCGCAGAUGAGGGAGUUCUUCAGGGCCUUCUUCAGCCUCAGCGACUUCCACUGGCACGGCUUCCUGUCCACCCGACUGUCCUUCUCACAGCUCAUCGCAUUCGGCCUGUCCCUCUUCCUGCGCUCCUCCAACGCCGCCCGCUCCUCGCUGCUGCGGCUGGGUGUGCCGGGUCUGCUGGUGAUGCUGGCGGGUCUGCUGCCCACCCUGGCGGCUGACUACUACCCGGGCAUGCAGUCCAUCAAGGAGCGCAAGGAUGAGGUGGAUGCCGCUGCUCGCCGAGCCGCGCAGCUCACCUCCUCCCUCCCACCACCACCACCCUCAUCCCCCUCCUCAUCCCCACCACCACCAGCGGCUCCAGCCGCAGCACAUGCGGGAUCCGCCUCCACAGCCGCUUCCAAAUGAUGCAGAUGGUGGUCAUGACGACGAUGAUGGUGGUGAAGUGGCGGGACGGGGUUUGCGCAGCGCAGUGGGAGCAGCUGGCACGGGUCUUCGCUGACUGCGGUCUGAGGCGGAGGGUGCUGAGAGGUGCUGAGGGCGCCUUCCAGGAAUCAGAGAGGAGAGUGUAGACAAUAACAGAGAGGGAUAGAGAAGAGAGGGAAGGC